GCCGGCCCGCCCCGCGCCCUUUUUAAAGCGUCACGGGCGAGGGCCGGCCGGGUGAUCCUGGCCGCCGAGAGAGCCGCGCGCCGAGCUCCGGGAGCCGCGCGCGGAGCCGAGCGCCCAGGGCUGCGCUUCCCGGGCCGGCGGGCUGGGGCUCCCCGACGCCGCCGGCGCCCCAGCUCCGCCCCGGGCCUCCCCGCCAUGCGCCCCGGCUAGUGCGCCCCGGGCGCAGCGCCCACCCGGCCGGUCCCGCCGCCCGCCCCGCCGCCGGCAUGCUGCGCCCGCUGCUGCUCGCCGCGCUCUGCCUGGCCGGCCGGCUCGGGGCCGCCCGCGGCUGCCAGCUGCCCUCCGAGUGGAGACCCCUGAGCGAGGGCUGCCGCGCAGAGCUGGCCGAGAUCAUCGUGUACGCCAAGGUGCUGGCGCUGCACCAGGAGGUGCACGGCCUGUACAACUACCUGCCCUGGCAGUACGAGGCCAGCGACGCGGGGCUCUUCUACUCGGCGGAGAUUGAGAUGCUGUGCGACCAGGCGUGGGGCAGCAUGCUCGAGGUGCCCGCGGGCUCCAGACUCAACCUCACCGGCCUGGGCUACUUCUCCUGUCACUCCCACACCGUGGUACAGGAUUACUCCUAUUUCUUCUUCCUCAGGAUGGAUGAGAAUUAUAAUCUCUUGCCUCAUGGAGUCAAUUUCCAAGAUGCCAUCUUUCCAGACACUCAAGAGAACAGAAGAAUGUUUUCCAGCCUUUUCCAGUUUUCAAACUGUUCCCAAGGACAGCAACUGGCGACUAUCUCCAGUGACUGGGAGAUCCAAGAAGACACUAGGCUCAUGUGUUCCUCGGUGCAGAAGGCCCUGUUUGAGGAGGAGGACCACGUCAAGAAGCUGCAGCAGAAGGUGGCCACCCUGGAGAAGCGGAACAAGCAGCUGCGGGAGCGGGUGAAGAAGGUCAAGAGGUCCCUGCGGCAGGCGCGGAAGCACGGCCGCCACCUGGAGCUGCUGAACCGCAAGCUGAGCGGGAAGCUGGCGGCGGCUGCGGGCGCGCUCCCGCACAUCAACGCGCUGGGCCGCGAGCCCGCGGGCGCCCCCUACCUGCGGGGCUAGAGGGCUGCAGCCGCGGCCCUGCCCGGUACCCUGCGGCGGGGCCUCUCACAGGGAGGAGAAAGGGAUGCUGUGUGUACACACAGCUCAGGAACUCUUGUAGACGAUAUUUUCCUAUGCAUUUGGUAGUGGCUAGUGGGUUUACAGCGCAAGUCUCCUAUCUCUUUGACUGCUGGCCUCCUGCCCUUCUCUGGCCUGGUCCCAGACCCAGUGCGCUGAUGCUGGCAGUGCCAUGUGCUUGCCUGGGGCCUGUUCCUGGCUUCCAGGAGCAGCUUGGAAAAGGUGCACUUACUAGGGAAAGAAUAUUUUAGAAUCUCUAGAGGUACACGAACUCGAGGGGUGCAGCCUCCAUUUCCAAAGGCAGUGUGAGCCCAGAUCUGAGCACCAGGACAACCAUUAGUUUGGAGGCGUGACGGGAAGCAAGUCGUGGAAGCUUCUGGUGUCAUUAAGACUUAAUGAGCUCAUCACAGGUCAGGGAAUGGAGUCGGGUGGCAGGCAAUUAAGUAAGAUGAAUGAGACCUGAUUUCCAACAUCAGUUGCCCAGAGUUACCGAGGAUUCCCAUAGGUCACUUUAAAGGGGAAUUGCCUUUGUGGGCCUGUCAUGUUUCAUCGAAGCACAUUUCUAAGUUGGAAGAGCCUGAACAGUAUCUCAGCUCCUGCUAAAUUCUAAGUUACUGUUUGCUCAGUGAGUGUUUUCAAUUUCUCCAAAUUCGAGGUGAGCUGACCCAACGCGCUGUGAACUUCUGUUAUGCAAAGACACCUCCUUACCUACUGGGGUCAGGGGAACUUGCCUUGUUGCUGUCCAGGCUCUGCUCCCAACAGGGCUUCUUGCAAGUAUUCCGACCUUGGCCUCUUUAUGCAGAUGCUUUCCACCCACGGGGACUGUCCAGACAGACCUCAGGAGUAGUGUUCACACCACUGCAUUAGAUCCUGUGUACAAUGGCUUCACCUUCUUUGGGAAGAAACCUUUGGAGAGAAUAUUGCAAGUAAAAGAUAUUCACAAUACCUAACACUUGAGCCCUUCACUUAGCCACAUGUGAUCGAGUCCCAGUUGUGUGAUUAAGAAGUGCCCAUCCCUUAGUUAACUUCUGCUGAUGGCUCUCCAAACCGACCAGUUUUCCUUCCCUGCUGUUUUAGGUAGAAGCUGCCCCUUUACCACCCCAGACACAGCAGGGCCUGACAAUGCUGUCCUCUCCAGGGGAAAUGGCCGUUAGUGUCAGAUUUCUAACCACUGCCUUAGAAAAACCACAUCCUUCUUGCUCUGGCAGCCUGUCUGGGGCAUGAGCCUUGUGUCACUUGGGUCUUGGUGGCAGGUGACGGCCACAGGGGAGAAGUCAUCGCCCUGGACUGCACAGCAUGGGGGCUUCUGCUCAAGGGCUCUUCACUGCCAAGCUUCCGCCAGCACUUUACCCCCUGCAGUCUUCAUCGUCUGCUACAACAGGAGGCGCAUUCUUCUGGUUUAUUUUUCCCAGGGACGUUUCACGACAGCAGUUUCGCUGCCACCCAAGGGAAUGACAAGCCUAACGGUGAUUUACAGCCAGCGUUUGGAGAACUGUGGAAGCUGGACCUCUCCGGCUGCAUUAUGUUCUGUCUUCUCAAUAAAUAUGAGCACUAGUUCAGCCACAGCAGUAAAGCAAUGUGUGUUUCUUUUGGAGCAGGGGGACUGCAGUAUUUCCAGCUUUGGCCUGGAAAGGCCAUUUAGAUCCUCUGGGGGAAACAUCUGCGGGUCACAGGUGGGGCAUUUAGGAGACAGAGCUCA